AGCCGGUCUUCACUGGUCGCGUGUAUUCAGUUCAGUGCUCGACUGGCAGCGGUGGGUGGCACACGUCUUGCGUCUUGCUCCUUGUUUUCUUCCUAACCACACUUCAAAAUGAAAGUGAUCAUCACCUCCUUCGUCAUCUUCGCUGUGAUCGGCGCUGGUAUGGCCAUCAAGUGCUUUGUCUGCAACACACAGACGGACCCAGCAUGUAAUGACCACUUCCAGGAAGACUCCCCUGCACUGCAAAAUGCCUUUGUGCAGGAGUGUGAAGUUAAUGAGAAUAAGACAAACCCAUUCUGUAGGAAGGUCAAGGAAUACAUUGAGGUUCACACGAAUAGUAUUGUGAGAGUGCACCGUGAGUGUGCCUACAUGAUGCGUGAGGGAUACGACUGCUACCAGAAGCGUUCAGAGGACUACGUAAUGGAUGUGUGCCAGUGUGAUAAGGACCAUUGCAAUAACUCUCCAGCACUCACAGCGCCAAUCACCUCACUCCUAGCUGUUGCCAUCCCCUUGCUGGCCAAAUUCAUGUGAGCCCAGUAAGAAAGUAAGGUGUAGUUCCUCAGAAACUAAAAUCAGUGAAGCACAUGCACAUCUGUUUCCUCUAUCUCAGCAUAAAUGCACAUACACAAGUAGAAAUCUGUCUGUAGAUAUUCACUUCAAUGUAUUUUUAUCGUAACAUUUCUAUAUCAGUACUUGUCCCACUUAUAUAAAAUUCACCUUCGUACAAAUUGUAUGCCUUUGGGUGAAAUUGUAUCCGCUACUUUGUUUUCUCACCGUUGAAGAUGUAGAGUUGUUGUUUGGAGGCUGAAGUUUUGAAUAGUCCAGUGGCUAUGGAAGUAAAGAUACCUACUGUAUGUAUAGAGAAUUUAUAAUGAAACUUUACUUGUUGGAUUUCAAAUAGCUGUAAAGGUAUGUCUCCACUCUCAGUAAUUAGUUUGUGGCAAUAGCCAUAUACAUUGUAUUGUUGAUAUAGGUAUGUACUGUUGAGAGAUUGCAUUACUGUGGGCAAAUAAAUUUUACAAAAGUAA